CUGGGGCAGCUUGGGAGUUGUAGUUAGCGAGUCUCUUCGUUGGUGCAAGGUAAGGGGAAGCAUAUGCCCCAGACUCCCAUUUCCCUGUAGGGGCUUCCUUUCCUUACCCAUCUGCCUCUGGUCUCUUCUGACUCUUAACCCAGCCUCGGGAAGGAGCUUUUGUUUUCCAUUCUUAAGGACUUCUGCAAGCUUCUACAAAUACUGAGGAGGGAUUAAAGAGGAUGGAGGUUCAAACAUGGUAUUUGAAAUCAUCAAAAUUGGCUCUGGCACUGGCAAUUAUCCGCUCAAAACCACCAAACAGAAACAGCAGAGAAUAUACAGAGCAUCUUGCUAAGAUGUUAUCUGGACAAGAUGGAGAGUGGAGAUCAAAAGUUGAAGCUUUGGAAACUGAAGUUCUGCAAUUACGUCAAAAACUUCUUCUGAGCAAAAUCUGCCCAAUACCUCAAGUAAAUAAUAGAAACCCAACUAAACCUUUACCCUCUAAGGAGCUUGAAAGUCCUGAGGACAUCUCCAAUCAGCUGGAAGACUCUGGAUGUGAUGUAUUAAGUGAGACUAGAACUGAUCCUUCAGAAUUAUCCCAGAAUAUUGAAGAGAGUUUUAUUUCAUCUUCUGAAAUUUCUUUAUAUCAACCACCUAUUGUAAAAAACCAUUGUGCUCUCCAUGAAAAAACUUUAUCUUCUCACCUGCAGUUUUUACAACAUGUGCUUGAACUGAAGAACUUAACAGAAUCUGGUAGUUUGAAAACAGAUUUAAACAAGUAUGAAAGUGACUGUUCCACAGUAUCUGAUUCUGUUUUUCGGUUGCUUGAUGGCCUGAUAGCUUUUUACAGUAAUCCUAAACUCCCAUUUUCAAACUUUUUGACAGAAGCAGUUUGUAUUUUGACUAGUUUAAUUGAUGAUUGUAAUUUAUCUAAUCACAUACUUAAAAAAUGUUUCAAGAAGUUGGAAGAAUUUGAGAAAACUCUAGUGCAGGUUAUUUUAAAGAGCACCAAUAUUAAUCGGUUUCAGGUGCAGAAUUACAUCUCUAAUAGUCUGGUCAUACUGGGAAAGUGCAGUUUUUUAAGAAAACCUGUAAUAGCUCUGCUUUUAUUAGAAGUGAACAACUUUACUGACAAGUUGAGGAAUAUGCAUCAGGUCCAAUCCAGAUAUGACCUGUCGUGCUAUGAGAACAUUUUCUCUCUCUUCUGGGUUCUAGAACAGCUGCUUCAAGAAGGAACAAAAAACUCUAACAACAUGCCAAGUAAGGGUCCUAUAGAACAGGAGACCAAAAAGUUUCUUGAACAACUUGAUCAAACAAUUCUCCAUCUUUCAGAUGAAUUCCCUCUAUUUACUUUAUACAUAUGGAGAGUGGGUGUUCUUUUGAACUCAACUGAGAUAAGAACUGUUGAAAAUAACUCACCUCCCUAGACACUGAUCAUAUUUCUCAAAUCUAUUGAAGGUGUGCUUAGAAUAGUCUGUGCUUGAAAGCUUUUCAGAAGAAUUAUUUUUAAAGACUCAGUAUUACAAAUAUAAAAUGGACUAGGCAAUGAAAUUACUCAUUUGGCUUCACUACUUAGCUUAAAAUUAUGUGAAAUAGAAUAUGGAAGCCAUAUUGACCUUCUGUUGUAAAGCUAACUUCUCAUAAAUGCACCCUUCUUAAUCCUGCUUCCACCUCUCAGAAAUGACAAUAUUCAGAUCAUUAUUGUCUUUUUCCUAUGGAGCCCUUUGCUUUAUUUUUGCCUAUAUCCCAUAAAAUAGAACUAUCUUUUAAGAAACUUUACCAUAAUAUAAUCUAAUUGCAAUGCAAAAAUAAUUUAUAGUUUUUCCUCUCAUUACUGAUAAUUUUCAGACAAAAGGUCUUUGCAGUAAUUGCUUAAUUUUUUUCUCUCUCAUUUCAACCUCAUCAUUGUACAUGUUAAUAGGAUGGAUUCAUUAAAUAAAAAGAUGGGUUUUUUUUAACAUUUGUACUUCAAGUAGCAAACAUAUUGUUCAAAAAUUUUUCAAAGUUUGCAUUUGGUGCUGAAAUAUGUUGGCAUCUGUAUUUGAUCAACAGUGAUGUUAAGAAACAUUUAUUUUUCAUUUGUUACUAAAAAUAGAAUUUCAAAAUAUUUUCAUAAUUGUUUUAAAGGUAGUUCAUGUAGAUAAAACCAAGUCAUGCAAAAUUAUAUGACAAUUUCUACAAUGUCUUUUCAGAAUUACAUUGUACAAUUAUUAAAAAUUGUUCAUUCUACUAUUAGUACUUUCCAUUGCUUUUAUUUCAGUUAUCAAAUUAUCUUAGCAGCAAGUAUUUCUUGAAUAUCUCCCAGCAUGCCUACUACCAUGUUAGAUGUUUACAGUAUAGUAAACCUAGGUCAGUGAUGGCAAACCUAUGGAAUGUGUGCCAAAAAGGGCACACAGAGGCCUCUCUUUGGGCAUACCUACAGCUGCUAGCCACAGCUUGUUACUAGAAAGGCAGAGGGACUUGGGGUAGAACUGUUUCCCUCACACUUUUCAUAUGCCUGAGGACAUUUCUCACACCACUAGGCCCUCUGCCCAACAGCUCUAUGGGAGUGCUUCCUCCCUCUCCUGUCUGGGAAAAGGAUGAGACCAGGGUAGGAGCAAGGCCCGGAAUUCUCUCUCUAAAAGUUCACCAUCACUGAGCUAGGUGAUAAUUUUUCAUAAGUUAAUGACUACUUCUAACUUUAGGAUCAGAAGAUGUUAAUUCCAUCUUUGAGUAGAUUAUAUCUGCCUAUCAAGUCUUAAAAUUCACUAGAUAAUUUAACAGGAUCUGAAUAACAAAAUGAAUUUUCCUAAUUUAUUUUAUUUCUAGGUAUUGUCAAGCCUUAUUUUAAAAAUCCCUCAUUUGAGGUAUACAAAGUAAAUACAAGUGAUUAUUAAAAUAGGCUAUGUGGAAGAAACCCCAAAACAGAGGAGUAGGAAUACAUGGGAGGAGACAGAGUCAGAUGUUGGUUGCUGAUAACAUAACCACAGGAUCAGUUUAACAUGAGUUGUCAGAGUGUUUGACUCUUCUUAUUCUUGAGAAUUUUCUAUAAAUCUUAUAUUACAGUUGACUGUACACUACUAUCCACUUAUUACAAACCUUUUCAUCUUCUUUAAAUAUCACAAUAUUUAGCAAAUGUCAUGGAAAAUUAGUAUGAAUUUAUAUCCCUUUUUUGGUCCCCAGAAUAAUCCUUUGAUUUUCAAAGCUAAAAAUAUUUUUAUUUUAGGGCUGAAGUUCAAACCAUAUCACCUUGAGGCCAUUGAAGAAGCCCUCCCUUCCUUUUGUCUAUACCUUUUCUCUUUGAUAUAGACUAGCAGCAUAGAAACAACUUCUUUGUUUUAUCUGUAAAUAAGGAUUCUCUAAGGUAAGGAAAUCAGCUAGCUGAGAUACCAGAAAACACAUGAGUUAUGUGGCUAUUCUAAGCUCCAGGAGUUACUCAUAGCACUGGGAAGACUCAUGUCCUGUCCUGAUGGAGGCCGGAAUUCUCCAAUUAGAGGGUCUGGGGAAAGAGACAUUACAAAGAGCAUAAACUGAUGGAGGGGACAAGAAAGUCCUUUUACUGGAACCAUGGACUCUGGAGGGCUGGAAGACUGACUCUGGGCUGACUCUGGGCUGGCUCAACUUGCUCACAGAGGAAGUGGCUCCAAGAGCUAGCCAGCCACACUUGGCUCAUGCUUUUCUCUUUGGCCAGCUUUUUGCUAUUUAAUAUAUAAUAAUUAUAAAAUUAAGAUGUGGUCUCCAGAGAAUUUUAAUUGUAACACUUAAAUGAAAUUCAUAUAAAAGGAAUAAUAAUGAUCCUUCUCUCCACAUCUCAUUGCUUUCCAAUUCAAUAUGUGUCUGAGUAGGAUUUGAACCUAAAUCUCCUAUAUUAUACCCAGUUGCCAUAUUUGUUACACCAGGCUAAGUUUUGAAAAGGCAAAAGGAGUUGGCUCAAAUGGGUAUUUAAUAUGUACAUAAAGUUCUGUUUGCAUUAAUUUUUAUAUUCUAGUUUAAUUGGUAAGCAAAUUUAAUUUCAAUUAAAUGCUUAGGGACUUUGUUCUGACUACUCUGGUUUCCAAGAUUUAACAUGAUUAAAUGAGUAAUUGAGAUAACUUCAAGGAUUUAAAAAUGCAACUAAAGUAUGAGAGGUGAAGAAACAAAAUGAACUUAUAAAUGUUCAACAGCAAAGCUUUGGAAGUUUCUUAUUAGUUACUACUUCUAUUAAAAUCAAUUAAUAUUGGCUUACAGAAUCCAGAUUCUGGCCACUAGUCUAAGUACAAGACAAAUGGCUGUAAUUUGUCUUUCAUUUUGUGUCUUCUUGGUUAAGAUUGUGUACAUUUUAAUUUAAUUCAAUUUAAAUAAUAUUCAUUAAAUAUAUAAUUUGU